GUCACAAGUUGUGCAGGUCCUGGUCUCCAUGGUGAUGAGAUGCUGCCUCUGAUUGGUCAGCUUUGUGAACGUGUGACCAGUGUGGACUUGAGCUGGAGUGGAGCGACAGACACAGGAGUGAAAGCUCUGAGUGACGGCUGUGCGGGGUCAGGUUCACAAACACAUGCUCACAUGCUCUUUUCUGGGCUCAGCUGAUUUUACUACAUCUUCAACAAACCCUCAUUAGCUCAUUGAAUUAUUUACAACAAACAUUGUUUUCAGUCAUUAGUAAUGAUGUGGUUCAGUUUUGUCUUUUCAGAAUUCAGUGUCUCACCCACAAGCUGCACUAAAAAACCACCAGAGUUUUGCUGGGUGGACACCAGACCUGUGUAAGGAUGUUAUAGAGUAUUAUUGCUUCAUUUAUCCCUCCUGCAGGUUAAGACUAAAAUCAGUCGUCCUUAAUGGCUGCCAUGUCACUGAUGACCCACUGAAGAAACUCAUCAUGAGACACAAAGAAAGGUCAGAAUACUUUCCUGACUACAGCCCCACUGUAAUUCUGUGUAUUAGUAUGUCUGUAUAAAUAUAAAGUUACUAUAGCUUGUACUGUAGGUAGAUGUAUAAAUGUAUCAGAGAGGGUAUUUGAAUGUGUGUGUGUGUGUGUGUGUGUGUGUGUGUGUGUAGGUGUGUUUUCUUCUUGUCUUCAUACAUGUACUCAUGCCUCUAGUUCUUUGAUGUGACUGACAGGUAUUAAUCAUGUAGUUAGCCAGAUCUGAUUUACAUAUUCAUACCUUAAAAUCCAAAUUUGCUACCUAAUGGCCUGUGUUUUUUUUUCCUAUAAUAACCGCCAUUUCCAACAUUACAAUUCCACAGUAUAUGAUACAUAAUCAGUGGGUUGUAAUUUUCCUAAUGCUGGAGGAAGAUCUCACCUUCAGCUGUCAAUGUAAAGGAGAGAGUGGCUUAACUCAGGCUGCUGCAAUUUCUUGGUUCACCUCCUCAAGUGGACUUGAUAAUCACAUUUGCAUUUUCAUCUGCAUUUUUAGUGGAUAAUCCAUCCAGAUAUUUGUGGCUGUGUUUUCAUGUUAGUCUGUGCAGGUUGGAGGUGUUUGGCUGUCAAUUCCUUACUCCAUCCUGCCUAAAGAGAAUAUAUGAGAUGUGUCCAGGUCUUAAGCAUCUAAAUGUCGGGCAGGUGCCUAAAGUCAACAUACACAGUCUCAAAGUGAUGGCUUCACAGCUCAAAUGUCUAAUUUCCCUCAAUCUCACUGGUCUCCAGGCAGUUACUGAUGCCACAGUGGACACUUUACUUCAAAACUGUGUCAAACUUCAGAAUCUGACACUCGGUUCCUGUCCUGGAGUGACUGACCUGACGCUGCACAACAUCAGUAAAUACACACCUUGUAUUAGAUACCUGGAUGUGAGUGGCUGUAAGGCAGUGACAGAUGCAGGAGUUCAGUCUCUGACUCUGGGAUGUAGAAGACUGGAGCAGCUUGAUCUCAGCUCCACUGGCACUGGAAACAGAGGGGUCACUCUGCUGGCAAAUUACUGCAGUGGACACCUCCAUACUGUGAAACUCAGUUUCUGUCACAUCACCUUAGACAACAUACUGAAGCUCUGCAGACACUGCAAGAGACUGAGGGUCCUCCAUCUCUACGGCUGUGCCCACCUCCCCACUGAGAGACAGAUCAGAGACGUUAACACUACUGUUAAAGUUUACCCUGUGACCUGACUCACACACAAACAUCUGCACACAACUGCACAGAUGUAUGCAGCAUACAGAGGAGCAAAAUGUAACUGAGAAACAGAAGAUAAUAUUGAGAAGAAUCCAAAUAAAAUCACAAUAUCAUAAUAUUUCUACCUUUAUUAUAUGUAUACCUGUGAUAUUAAAGUAAUGGACUAAGUAAGGUCUGCUGGGUCUCAAGGAGGAUCAUGACUUCAGUUCAGAUAAUAA